AUGGGUAGCUCGAUGCCACCUGGCACGAGGCCCGGGGCUAUCAGGUCUGAAACCUACGAUGCCAUGCUCGAAUACCUUGAAGAACUUAGUGAGAAAGCUACUGAGAGCCAUACAACUGCGCUUAUGAGACAGCAGACAAAUCCGUCUCCAGAAGAUGGAGGUGGAAACGAUUGGAAGCGAAAAGAACUUUCAUUCAUGGUACGGCAGCGUAAAGUUGCCUUCCAGUCUUCGCUCGCUGAGCAUUUCAUUGAGCUUGUGUUACACUCACUGAUCCAGUGA